GCACUGGCGGUGCUUACCGAAUUCAACGGCUGGUCCCUGCUGCGCCCGACCUCGAGCAACGUCGUUUCCUAUGUUACGGAAGCCAACGAGCUCUUAGAGGUCCGAGCUGGAGUUCCCUACCAGGAGCUGGUGCUGCAUGCUUCCAGCAACCUGGCCACAAACGCUUCCGAGAUUCGCGCCAAGCUGGUCUUUGCCACUGCUACUAUCGAUGAUGACUGUCUCCCGGGGCGAGCAAGUGAGGUGCCAAAUAUCGUUUUUCAGCGCAUUCCGGUGCCCACUUCCCUGGACGGUGAGACCCCUGGAGUGACUCCUGCAGAGACCUACGAGAACCGCUGGGUCAACGCCAGGUUCCCGUACAGCGGAGCUUUCAAAGUCUGCUACAUGGAUGUUUCUGGAGCGGCAGCAUGGCGACUAGCACCGGCUCCAUUCGACGUGGUGGGCACCGGCGCCAACAGCUUCGAGUUCUGGUGCGUGGAUGAUGUGACGGUUGACUGCACGCUGCAGAUCGCCGGCCUGGGCAUGAAGACCAACUGGUACCUCACCGUCGUUCCAGUCAACGGUGUGUGCGGUGCCAUCGACUAUGCGGGCUCCUUUGGCCAGAACGUUUCGGUGAUCACGUCAGAGGCUGGUAGCGAGUCCUCAGCCACGCACAGCCUGGGUCCUCCGGUGAGUGCUGGUGCUGGCACGUUCGCA